AUGACCGAUAGAGGUCGUGAGUUUACGGUACAUCUAAAGAGAAAAGCGGCCUUGAAAGGAAAGGAAGAAUUUCGUCUCCAGCUCGUAUCCUUCGAGAAAUCAAUUUAUGAUAUUGGCAACCCUGAUUUUAUACGAAGCGAAUUACAAAAGCUUAAAGGCCUUGCAGACAAUGCAAUACAAGGAUUUAUCGACUGGAUGAACCUAACGGUGGAAGCAGAGGAGAUAAAUGAAAUAACUCGGCAGCAAUACGAGCUUCAAAGCUCCUGGGAGGAAGUUCGCGCCACGGCGCUUAGUCGCCUGGAAUUUUUGGAAGUAAAGGAGGAAAGAAAAUCAAACUUGUCUUACGGAUCCCGGAUCUCAAAGCAAAUUGCUAGGCCUUAAGGCCAAAAGAGCUGCUCUAGAACGAAAGAUAAUAUUUGCUGACACGAUCAAAGAACAAGAGAAAACCCUCGCUAAGCUAAAGCUUCAACAAGAACUAAGUGAGACACUCGCCGAAGAAGCCGUUUAUCAAGUAGCUUUAAAUGCGGGAGAUGAAAAUAACGAAGACGAGUCGCUUUCACAG